AUUACAUAGCCUCAUGUAAUAAUAAUAGAGAAACAGAACAAAAACUAAAGAAACGAUAUGAUGUCAUUUUUCUCCAUAAUUUCUCUCCUGCUUCUUCUUUUCUCUUUGUCGUCGGUGGUUAUCUCGGAUGGCGAGUCUUUUCAGAAACUUCCGGUGCCGGAAAAUAGGUCAGGUCCUGAAGCUUUCGCCUUUGACUCCACCGGAAAAGGAUUCUACACCGGAGUCUCUGGUGGAAAAAUACUGAAGUAUACUCCUGAGACGGGUUAUGUCGAUUUUGCACAGAUCACAGAAUCGAACUCUUCAUGGUGCGAUGGUGUAGUCGGGACGGCUUUAGCCGGAAGAUGCGGUCGACCGGCGGGGAUAGCCUUCAAUGAAAAAACAGGUGAGCUCUACGUCGCCGAUGCACCGUUGGGUCUUCACGUUGUGUCUCCCGCCGGUGGCUUGGCCGUAAAAAUCGCCGACAGUGUUGAUGGAAAGCCCUUUAAAUUUCUCGACGGUCUUGACGUUGAUCCAACUACUGGUGUCGUGUACUUCACUUCCUUCAGCUCACGCUAUACCCCAAUUCAAGUGUUGAUUGCAUUGGGAUUAAAGGACGCGACCGGAAAACUCUUCAAGUACGAUCCAUCAACAAAGGUCGUGACCGUAUUAAUGGAAGGUUUAAGUGGCUCAGCUGGUUGUGCCGUGAGCUCGGAUGGUUCGUUCGUGCUUGUCAGUCAGUUCACAAAGAGUAACAUCAAGAGGUAUUGGAUCAAGGGACCUAAAGCUGGUUCAUCUGAAGACUUCACAAACUCGGUCUCAAACCCUGACAAUAUCAAGAGGAUUGGUUCUACAGGAAACUUUUGGAUCGCUUCGGUUGUGAACAAGAUCGUUGUGCCGACAAACCCAUCAGCGGUCAAAGUGAACUCCAAUGGUGAAGUGCUUCAAACAAUUCCUCUAAAAGAUCAAUUUGGGGACACUUUGCUUAGCGAAGUUAACGAGUUCGAUGGUAGUUUAUACAUCGGGACUCUCACUGGCCCUUUUGCUGGAGUUCUUAAGCUUUAAAUUUGUUUAAAAGUAUGGUUAGAUCUCUGAUUUGAAGGCCGCCGGUGUUUACCAUAUAUGUAAAGUUUAUUUUUUUAUUGAAUGUCAAAGGUCACAACCAUAUAUCAUGGUCUGUUUGUCUUUAUAUAAAAAAUAAAAUGUUUUUAACUCUUUUAACCAAA